CCACCACAACAAUUUGCCUCUCACAGUCAGUAGUAAUCCUAUCGUCUGCGCAGUGAGGGGGAUUCAUUAAAAGGUGUAAGUGGGUAAAGGUUCAGUUGCAAAUGUCACAACGUUAAAAGCAGACGAUGAAAAGAUCGCUCACUUCCAAUCUCGUUCUCACUGAUAGUUGUACCUUAAGCCUGGAACAUUCUUAAUGAUGUCAAGUACUCUAUCGUUAAAGCAGUUGAAACUGCAUUCAUCUGCAAUGGGAAUUUACAAAAAAUCAUAGAGUUGGUGAGAAAUAAAUUUUAAUUGCUCAAAUUUACAAGACUGCCGACAGGGUCAAACCAAUGCCUGAAGAUUUUCAACGCAAACACGUCGCAAUGUGAUGCAAUUAUACAGAUUUUGUUGACUUUACUCAUUAUAAUUUGAAAUAAGCGGAUAUGUUACUUUAACGAUUCAAAAUUAUUAUAGUGUCGAUAAAUAAUGCCGGAUGCCUUUUUCAAGUCAUCUAGAUAAAGACCCCAAGCCUGAAAUGGAUGAUUCCAGGCUUCCAAAGGGAGGUCACCAUACAGGAAAGGAUAUCAAUAUUGUAGUUAUUGGAGUCAAAGGAGUAGGAAAAUCAGCUCUAACAGUACGCUUCAUGACAAAGAGAUUCAUCGGGGACUAUGAUUCUCAGAUUGAGGCUAUAUACACUAAACAGUGCUCAUUGGACGGAAAGACGAUCACAGUACAUAUCCUAGACACUGCCUGGCAGGCCAACGGCUUCACAAUCAAAGACGACCAAAUAGUUUGGGCGGAUGCAAUUAUGAUGGUUUAUUCCAUUACCGAUAGAGAAAGCUUUCUAAAAUUGAAGGAAUUUGCUGAUUAUGUAAUUGCCAAGAAGACAGAUAGUAAAACCGUCAUGGCACUCAUAGCUAAUAAAAGUGAUCUCGUGCAUAUGUGCACUGUAACAAAUGUUGAAGCUACUCAGUUUUGUGCCGAGUACAACUGCUUAUUCUUUGAGACUUCUGCAAGUGAAAGUUAUAAUUCGGUGACAAAUGCUUACAUUUCAGUUUGUAGGCAAGUGAAAUUGACACAUAAGAAGAGAGAAAAAAUUUCCAAGUUUAUGCAGAAUCCCGCCAUUAAAGCAAAACUCCAGAUCCGAAAUCCAAUUCGAGGCUUAGAAAUGAAAUGGAGGUCACGUGCCCCUACCAUGUGAAUAAGACAAAGAAAUCGUAUCUGAACUUUUAGAAAGAAAGAAACGAUGAACAACUUAGAUGUUCAUGUACGUGAGGAAUGUGAAGUUAUUGAUUUUAAACAUGUGAUAAAAGUAUUGACUAGCAUUAUCAUUUAAACAGACUUUAUAUUUUAAUUGAAGGAAGUGACAUUCAUCGAUUCAUGUGCAACAUAAUUUUCAUUAUCGUAUUCUUGUCCAUAUUCAUUAUAUUAUAAAGCACAGUAUCCACACAUAA